AUGAUCUUCUUGUUGGUGUACUCGUCCCACCACAUCUACUCUCCGAUGUACUUCUUUCUUAGCCAUUUAUCUUUUAAUGAUAUCCUCCUCACCACAAUUAUUUUACCUGAAAUGCUUUCUAUUGUGUUAAAAGGUGGAAGUACCAUGUCCAUCGCUGGAUGCUUCACCCAGUUUUACUUCUUUGAGAUAUCAACAAUUGAAGAAUGUCUCCUCCUCACCGUGAUGUCCUACGACCGAUAUUUGGCCAUCUGUAACCCGUUGCGUUAUUCCUCCAUCAUGGACUUGAAGCUUUGUGUUUGUCUUGUGACUAUAACUUGGGUAUGCGGAAUGCUCUUCUCUUUGCCCCAUAUUAUUCUAUUUAGCCAAAUGAUAUUUUGUGGAUCAAAUGUCAUCAACCAUUUUUUCUGUGACAUGGUUCCUCUUCUUAGACUUUCUUGUUCUGAUACCUCAGGUAAUGGGGUGGUGAGUAACGUCAUGUCCGUCCCAGUAUUUUUUUGCCCACUAAUUUGUAUUACUGUAACUUAUACAAAUAUCUUGCUUUCCAUUCUUCGGAUCUCCACCACCACCGGAAGACAGAAAGCCUUCUCCACCUGCAGCUCCCACCUGGCCGUGGUCGGUUUAUAUUAUGGGACAUUAGUGUUUAAUUAUUUGGUUCCAUCUAAAGGAAAGUAUUCCUACCUUCAAAAGCAGGUUUCUGUACUUUACACAAUGGUUACCCCUCUGCUGAACCCCAUCAUAUACAGUCUUAGAAACGAGGAGAUAAGAAGGGCCCUAAUGAGCUUUAUUAUUAAGAGAAGGCAAAGAACAUUCUGA